AUAGCUUUGGAUCCAAUAAAAACACCUCUCUUGGGAACAACAAUAAAAGAUACCAUUAAGAGAGGUGACGCAGAUUAUGUUCAAGUAAUUCACACCUCCAAAAAGGUAGGAAUUUGGGAUCAACUCGGAGAUAUAGAUGUCUACGUAAAAUAUGAGCCAGAUACAGAUUCGGGUGCUUUCAACGAUGAUCAUUUAAUCGCAUUUUUCAUCCAUAUUGCAACAUCUACAAAACGACUAUUUUUAACGGGGGAAUUAAAUGAAACUGGAAUCGGCAACGUUUCACGAACUCAACCUAACACAGCGCUGACUGAAUGUACAAUCGGUAUAUAUGGCAGCCUGCUAAUGAAAAAUCGUUUUAAAAAAUUUGGCAUUUCAUUGGAAAAUCGUAACCCAGUUUUCUGGGGAGGAAUCGGUCCUUUUGGCAAGACCGAAAUCUUUUCGGGCACUCAAUCUGAAACAAGAGAAAAUGAAUCAAGCGAUUCAGAUGACGAUGAUUGCUCAAUAUGCUAUAAUAAUAAGGUAAAUGCCCGUUUAUCAUGUGAUCACGAAAUGUGCGAUACUUGUUGGGAUACGUGGCAAAAUACACCAUCAUCCAAGAAUAAAUGUCCCAUGUGUAAACAAACAGUUACGAGUGUUGACAAGAUUUAAAAAUAAAUUGUUGGUAAAGUUACUACUUCGGAUACUAUUUUAACAAAUGAAUUACCACAUCCAGCAAUUGUCUAUAUAAAUUAUAUUGUGUCAGCAAUUGGUAAUUUUCAAUAAUAAAUUUUUUUUGUCUAGCGUA